AUGACCGGCCAGUGGACGCUGCUGCGCCGCUCCGCGCUGCUCCUGGAGCGCGGCGCGGGCGUGACGAGCGCCUCUGCAGGUCUGACGCUGGGCGUGCGUCGCUUCGGCGCGGCGUCGGUGCCCAAGGCCCAGCGCGCGCGCAACUUCAAGGGCAACAAGCGCCAGCCGCAGAAGUCGGCGGAGGCGACGCCGCAGCCGCCCAAGGCCGAGGCCGGCAAGCCCAAGCAGCAACAGCAGCCGCAGCAGCAGCAGCGACACAAGAAGCGCCGCGCAAAGAAGGUCGUGGACCAGGAGGCGCCCGUGUUCACCAACAAGUUCCAGAACCUGCUGAGCUUCGCGUUCGAGGACGUGAGCAGCGAGCCGACGCCGGCGCCCACCAAGCAGCCGAAGAAGGCGCCCGAGGCGUCGUCGCUCGACCUGCUGGACGGUAUUGGAGCUGCCACCAAGGUGGACGACAGCCCCGAGCUGACGCUAGCCCAGCUGGGCCUCGGCUUCGAUGACGAUGAUGACUCGUUCGCCAAGAGGCAGCCCAAGCACCCGCGACAGAAGCCCAAGAAGACCAAGCUCUUCACAGGCGACAAGGACCCGUCCACGGUGUUGGCAGCGCUCGGCAUCCCGUCGGACGGAGAGAGCGACCGCAACGACGGCCCGCCCAUGAGCCGCAAGUCCAUGAAGAUGAACACGAAGCGCAAGAAGGGCACGCGCAACCUGCUCAAGAACUUCCAGUUCGAGAACAGCAUCUUCGACUCGACCGCGGACUUGUUCGGCGACAUUGAUUGGGAGGAGCGCAGCGAUGUGGAGGACCGCGAGCGCCGCCGCUCCCAGAGGCAGCAGCGCAAGGAGGCUAAGCGCAAGCCCAAGGAGCAGCUGCCCGCGCAGGAGGUGGAAAUCCCCACGUCGCUCACGGUGAAGGACCUGGCUGAGCGCAUGAGCGUGAAGACGCGCGUUGUGUUCCGCGCGCUCAAGGAUCUGGGCGAGAACGGGCUCAACGAGGAGUCGGUGCUGACCAACGACAUCGCGGAGCUGGUGGUGGACUCGCAGAACAUGGUGCCCGUGCUGCUCCCGCCGGACUUCGUUGAUCUUGAGCUGACCCCGCUGCCAGAGGAUUGCUCGAGCUUCCCAGUGAGACCGCCAGUUGUGUCUGUGAUGGGCCACGUUGAUCACGGCAAGACGACGCUGCUGGAUGCGCUUCGCAAAUCGAAGGUUGCAGCUACGGAGGCGGGUGGCAUUACUCAACGCAUUGGUGCCUUCUCUGUGGAGCUGGGCAAGAAGUUUGGGGCACAGUCGAAUGUUACCUUCAUCGAUACACCGGGUCACGCCGCGUUCAGCAACAUGCGAUCUCGUGGCUCGGAGUUGACGGACCUGCUCGUGCUGGUGGUCGCCGCUGACGAUGGUGUGCGCCCACAGACUGUGGAAGUGGCACGUCUUGCCAUCAAGAACAACGUUCCGCUUGUAGUGGCUGUCACCAAGAUGGACAUGCACGGCCACGACAAGGACGAGGUGACCAAUCGUCUGGGUAGCGAGCUGCUGAACCAAGGUGUCGUUGUUGAGAGUAUGGGCGGAGACACGCCGAUGGUGUGCGUGUCGGGCAAGACUGGCGAGGGCCUCGACCAACUGAAGGAAACGAUUGCGCUGCACGCUGAGAUGCUGGAUCUGCGUGCGGAUACGUCUGUAGCGGGUGAAGCCGUCGUGCUUGAGGCGAAUGUGGCACGGGGCGUUGGUACUCAGGUGGACACGAUUGUCAAGUGGGGCACAGUGAAGCAGGGCUCCUUUGUGGUGUGUGGACUGGAGUACGGUAAGGUGCGGGCACUGGUCGACCAGGCUGGCAAGCGCGUGAAGCAAAUGACACCUGGUAACCCUGUGCGAGUGAUCGGACUAAAGGGGCUGCCUGAGGGUGGUGUCGCUUUGCUGUCUGUUGCCACCGAGGAACGUGCCAAGGAGGUAGUUGCAGCACGCGAGGCUAUGCUCGACUGGGACCAAAUGGCCAAGGCUGAAGAGGAGGAAGCUGAGAUUCAGGGAGAUGACGGUUCUCAUCGCCGUCGCCGCCGUUUUGCUGGCGCCCGCCGUAAGUGGCAACAGGUGGAAGUGCGACGACGUGAGGCCGCUGAAGAGGCUAAGCGUGUGGCUGCGCUGAAGCCAGGAGACGAAGGCUAUAUCGCCAAUGUGGUCCCCAUCAUUGUUAAGACGGACUCUGUGGGAGUCAUCUCGGCUAUCGACGAGCUCAUUGCCUCCCUGCCAUCCGACGAGGCCGCGAUCAAGUGUAUUAUGUCUGCCGUCGGCCCAGUAACAUCAUCGGAUAUUGUCAUGGCUGAGGCCACAGGCGCCACCAUCUACUCGUUCAACAUCAAGCACCCAGCGUCCAUCGACCAAGAGGCACUACAGAAGCAGGUGACUCUGCGCCAGCACCGCGUGGUCUACAGUCUCCUGGACGACAUCAAGGAGCUGCUGCAGGACAACCUCCAGGGUGUGGUGGUGCACGAUGUGAUCGGCUCGGCUGAGGUGAUCCAGUCCAUCCCGAUCUCGACGUCCGGAAGUCGCACCACCAACAUCGCUGGUUGCAAGGUGACUUCGGGCUCGCUCAACAUGCAGGCCAAGUACCGACUCGUGCGCGACGGCGAGACAAUAAUCGAGAACGUCGAUAUGGCGUCCAUGCGUCACUUCCAGCAGAAGGUGUCGGAAGUCAACAAGGGCCAAGAGUGCGGACUCCAGCUCGCGGGCACGGACGAGUUCCAGCCCGGCGACAUUCUCGAGGCGUACACCACCAAGGUGGUGAAGCCCGAGCUCUAG